UGACAUACAUAUAUAUAUUUUCGAGCUACGUCAAAAUUAUAAUGUGGCUAUCUUUUUACUCACAUCAUCACUAGAAUGUGUCAGUAAUAUAAAUUAUAAAAUAAUAUUCGUACUACCCAGGUACCGCUUCUCCAAAGAUUUAUUUUGAAAGAAAAAAAAAAUAAUCCAUUAUAAAAAAGAUAAAUAAUUAAUAAUUUAUUACAAAUUUAAAUAUUUAUAAUUUUUAAAUAAAAAAAAUAAAAUAAAGACAUUAACGCCCUUUGGAUUUAACAAUGUAAUUAAAUUAUCAUUGUUUAAAUUUUAAAAACUAGUGACAGUGAUUAUCGAUAAUAAAUAUAUGAUGAAGAAUAAGAAUAAAAAAUGAUAAUUUUAUCAAUGCAUAGUGACAGAAGCAUUAAUAACCUCAUCUUAAAAUUAUCAUCUUCAUCAGUAGCAGCAGCAGUAAAUCAAGAACUUUCAGUAAAAAUUAAUCAGUAAUUCUGGAUGCCUUAAUUUUAAGGCUAAAUGUUAUUUAAGUCGAUUGGGUUUUCUAAUGACAAUGCGAAAUAAUUCUAAAACAAGAGAAAUGUUUAUAGUAAGAGCACUAGAAAAGAUUCUCGCUGAUAAAGAUGUCAAACGAUCACAUUUAUCACAAUUACGAAAAUCAUGCGAAUCUGCAUUGGAUGAUUUACGGAAUGAAAUUAAAGAGGUACCAAAUGUUCAAGGAGAAGAGACUGUUUCGAAUGCGUUGCCUCAACCGAGAAAUGAUUCAAAUGUAAUAUCUGCUGAGAAAUACUUUCUUCCAUUUGAGUUAGCAUGUCAAAGUAAAUCCCCGCGUAUUGUAGUUACGGCAUUGGAUUGCCUACAAAAGCUCAUAGCUUAUGGACAUUUGACUGGUAAUGUGCCAGACUCAACGGAUCCAAACAAAUUAUUGAUUGUGCGAAUUGUCGAAACAAUAUGCAGUUGUUUUAUGGGUCCGCAAACUGAUGAGGGUGUACAGUUGCAAAUAAUAAAGGCAUUGUUGACUGUAAUGACAAGUCAACAUGUUGAAGUACACGAAGGAACUGUUUUACUCACUAUACGUACUGUUUAUAAUGUUUAUUUGGCAUCACGUAAUUUAGUUAAUCAAACUACUGCACGUGCUACGCUUACACAAAUGAUAAAUGUUAUUUUUGCACGUAUGGAAACACAAGCAGAAGAGGAAGCCAUAAGAACAAGUGAAACACCUCAACAAUCAGAAGCACUCAUCACACCUAAAGUUGAAGCUGAAUGUGAGACAUCAUCAAUAGUCGAUACUACUACUACUUCUAUAUCUAAUGAUACAGCUUCAUCGUUUGAAGCACAUCAAAUUGUUGGUGAGAUUUUGGAUGAUAUUGUUAAUAAUGUUGUGCCAGAAGACAACAGUAUUAAGACAACAACAACUGAAGAGCAACCAAGCAUUGAUCAUAUACCUACUGAUGACAAUACGGAUGAAACAGCAAAUGAAAAUGACAAUAUGGUCACAGCUAAAUUUACGCAUGUACUUCAAAAAGAUGCCUUUCUUGUUUUUCGUGCUCUUUGUAAAUUAUCUAUGAAACCAUUACCUGAUGGUACACCUGAUCCCAAAUCGCAUGAAUUGAGAUCUAAAAUACUAUCGCUACAAUUACUUUUGGGAAUUUUGCAAAACGCUGGUCCAGUUUUACGAUCGAAUGAAAUGUUUGUUAUUGCAAUAAAGCAAUAUUUAUGUGUAGCAUUAUCAAAAAAUGGUGUUUCAUCAGUACCUGAAGUAUUUGAAUUAUCACUGGCUUUAUUUCUUGCUCUAUUGGCGCGAUUUAAAGUCCAUUUGAAAAUGCAAAUUGAAGUGUUCUUUAAAGAAAUAUUUAUGAAUAUACUUGAGACUUCAAGCAGCUCAUUUGAGCAUAAGUGGAUGGUGAUUCAUGCAUUGACAAGAAUUUGCGGUGAUGCUCAGAGUGUUGUUGAUAUAUACGUAAAUUAUGAUUGUGAUCUUGCGGCUGCUAAUUUAUUUGAAAGACUGGUAAAUGAUUUAUCAAAAAUAGCACAAGGUCGUCAAGCAUUAGAGCUUGGAGCUUCUCCUAAUCAAGAAAAAUCAAUGCGUAUACGCGGCCUAGAGUGUUUAGUAUCAAUUUUAAAGUGUAUGGUUGAAUGGAGUAGAGAUCUUUAUGUUAAUCCUGGGGUACCUGUUGAUCAACAAUUGCUGACAGAACCACCAGAUCCACCAUUAGGUCAACCAUCUUUACCACGUUAUGGCAGCGCUGGAAGUUUGUCUUCAGCUAAUUCUAGUCUUAUUGGUAUAAAAGAAAUGCCAGAUUCGCCAGAACAGUUUGAAGUUCAGAAGCAACAAAAAGAAGUAUGGGAAGCUGGUAUUGAAAUGUUUAAUAGAAAACCCAGCAAAGGAAUUCAAUAUCUCCAGGAACAACAUUUAUUGGGUACCGCACCUGAUGACGUUGCGAGAUUUCUUCAUAAUGAUGAACGAUUAGAUAAAACAGCAAUCGGUGAUUUUCUUGGUGAUCAUAAUCAUAAUCAAGUUAUGUAUAAUUAUAUCGAUCAAAUGGAUUUUGCUAACAGAGAUUUAGUCACUGCAUUGAGAUAUUUUCUUGAGGGCUUCCGAUUGCCCGGCGAAGCUCAAAAAAUUGAUCGUCUUAUGGAAAAAUUUGCUAGUCGAUAUUGCGAGUGCAAUCCAAACAAUGGUCUGUUUACAAGUGCUGAUACAGCUUACGUAUUAGGAUUUUCAAUAAUUAUGCUAACAACGGAUUUACAUUCACCGCAAGUUAAAAAUAAAAUGACAAAAGAGCAGUAUAUCAAAUUAAAUCGACGGAUUAGUGAUAAUGAAGAUUUACCUGAAGAAUAUUUAUCUAAAAUUUAUGAUGAAAUUGCUGGUAAUGAAAUAAAAAUGAAGUCACAUCCAAAUAGACCAGGCAAGCAAGUUAUAUCAAGUGAAAAGAAACGUCGGCUGCUGUGGAAUAUGGAGAUGGAAUUGAUAUCAACGGCAGCAAAAAAUUUAAUGGACUCUGUUAGUCAUGUCCAAGCGCCAUUUACAACCGCAAAACACCUGGAACACGUUCGGCCAAUGUUUAAAAUGGCCUGGACACCUUUUCUCGCAGCCUUUUCUGUCGGACUUCAGGAUUGCGAUGAUCCAGAAAUAGCAUCACUAUGUUUAGAUGGUAUACGAUGUGCUAUUCGUAUAGCUUGUAUUUUUCAUAUGACGUUGGAACGCGAUGCUUACGUUCAAGCACUAGCGAGGUUCACACUUCUUACCGCAAAUUCUCCAAUAACUGAAAUGAAAGCCAAGAAUAUUGAUACAAUAAAGACAUUAAUUACGAUUGCUCAUACAGACGGCAACUAUUUAGGCAGCUCGUGGCUGGACGUUGUAAAAUGUAUUUCACAGCUAGAACUUGCUCAAUUAAUAGGCACGGGAAUACGACCGCAGUUGUUGGGUCCACCAUCAAAACCAUAUUUUCCAUUACCACUAAAUAAUUUUACAAAUUUAACCCACAAUAACUCACAUCAAUCAAAUAGUCUUAAUUUAAGUUCACUUGAUCCGAGUGUCAAAGAAUCAAUUGGCGAAACAAGCUCACAAAGUGUUGUUGUUGCUGUUGAUAGAAUUUUCACUGGAUCGAUACGACUUGACGGUGAUGCUAUUGUAGAAUUUGUAAAAGCUCUGUGUCAAGUAUCACUUGAAGAACUUUCUCACCCAUCACAGCCACGAAUGUUUUCAUUAACUAAAAUUGUUGAAAUUUCUUAUUACAAUAUGGGCCGUAUUAGAUUGCAGUGGUCAAGAAUAUGGCAAGUUGUUGGUGAUCAUUUUGAUCGUGUUGGUUGUAGUCCACGACAAAAUAUAUCAUUUUUUGCUGUUGAUUCAUUACGACAAUUGGCAACAAAGUUUAUUGAAAAGGGCGAAUUUGCUAAUUUUAGAUUUCAAAAAGAAUUUUUACGACCGUUUGAACAUAUUAUGAAAAAAAAUCGAUCACCAGUUAUUCGUGACAUGGUUGUAAGAUGUGUAGCUCAAAUAGUUAAUUCACAAGCACCAAAUAUACGGUCAGGUUGGAAAAAUAUAUUUAGUGUAUUUCAUCAUGCAGCUAGUGAUCGUGAUGAAUCAGUUGUUGAUUUGGCAUUUACUAUGACCGGGAAAAUAAUAAAUGAUUUAUAUGCUAAGGAUUUUAGUAUUAUGGUAGACUCAUUUCAAGAUGCCGUUAAGUGCCUAAGUGAAUUUGCUUGCAAUGCAUCCUUUCCGGAUACGAGUAUGGAAGCUAUAAGACUGAUACGCACUAGCGCCUCGUAUAUCGAUGCCAAUCCUCAGAUGUUCGCCGAGGGUAUGAUGGAUGACAGUGGAAUGGUGUCUGAGGAAGAUCGAUCAUGGGUGAGAGGCUGGUUUCCAUUGUUAUUCGAAUUAUCUUGUGUUGUCAGUAGAUGUAAACUUGAUGUACGAACACGUGCAUUAACUGUACUAUUUGACGUCGUUAAGACACACGGUGCUUCAUUUAAACCUCACUGGUGGAAAGAUUUAUUUCAAGUCCUAUUUCGUAUUUUUGAUAAUAUGAAACUUCCAGAACAACAUACAGAGAAAGCUGAAUGGAUGACCACAACCUGCAAUCACGCGCUCUAUGCAAUCGUCGACGUAUUUUCUCAAUUCUACGAUAUUUUAGGUCCACUUCUUCUCGGUCAACUUUAUUCCCAAUUACUAUGGUGUGUUCAGCAGGAUAAUGAACAGUUGGCUCGCUCUGGUACCAAUUGCCUUGAAAAUCUCGUGAUAAGCAAUGGUAUUAAAUUCGAUGAAGAAACAUGGACUAAAACAACUCGUUGUAUUCUCGACACUUUUGAAAGUACUUUACCGUCAGUACUACUGACGUGGAAACCCCCGUCAACAAAUAAAGAGUCUGAUAUGGAUGUUAUCACCGGAGACAAUGAUAAUCAUGUGGGAAUUUUGAAGCGUAGUCCAAGUACACAAAGUCUUAAUAAUAACACCAACAAUAAUAAUAAUAAUAACAACAAUGACUUACCGCGGUCGCGAUUGUUUUCAUCAUUGCUUAUAAAGUGUGUAGUUCAAUUGGAAUUAAUUCAGACUAUUGACAAUAUUAUAUUUUACCCCGCAACAUCACGUAAAGAGGAUCAAGAAAAUUUAGCUCUAGCACAAGCCGAUAUGUUGAAUGGACGAUCAAGUGAUUCGGGUAUCGAUGGCUCAGGUAGUGAACAAAAAGAAGAACAAGGAAUGUAUUGUUUAUUAACAACUAUACAUCUUUUACAACUGGUUGAUUGUCUUUUGAGAUCACACAGAUUCGCUAAAAGCUUUAAUGUUAAUAAUGAACAACGCAAUAUUCUUUGGAAAGCUGGUUUUCGCGGUACUGUUAAACCAAAUUUACUGAAACAAGAGACACAAUCACUUGCAUGCGCACUCCGUAUACUUUUUAAAAUGUAUAAUGACGAAACACAUCGUACUAAUUGGUCAACAGUCGAGUCUCAUUUAGUUGAAAUAUCACGUGAAGCUUUAGAAUAUUUUUUAGUUUUACCAAAUGAAGCUCAUCGUGAUGCGUGGACUCCUAUUUUAUUACUGCUACUUAAUAGAAUUCUUAAAAUGUGUGAUAAUCGUUUUGCCGUACAUGCAGCAAAUUGUUAUCCAUUAUUAUGUGAAGUAAUGUGUUUUGAUCUUAAACCUGAACCACGAUCUGUCUUGCGUAGAUUUUUUUUACGAAUUGGUCCGGUAUUCAGGAUUACACAGUUGUAACGAUAAUUUAACUAUUUUUAUUUGUAUGUUAUUAAAUCAAAUAUUAGAAAUUGGUUAUUGUUUAGUAAAAAAAGACAACCGAUAAAUUAUUAUCAUAAUUUUAUAAUAUUAUAUUAUUAUUACAAUAAUUUAUUUUUUAAUUUGUAUUAUGCGACGAAAUUCUCUCACACACAUAUAAAUAUGUAAUGUUAUAUACAUCUUAUAAAUAUAUUAUAUAAUUAAAUAUAAAUAUAAUUAGUCAAAUAAUGAGGAAAAAUGCAUUGAAUUAUUGGCUACGAUUGAAAUUGGGGCGUGCAUGAUUUUUAGUCUUUUUAUUUUUGAUGCAAGUAAAUUUUUUUUGUUAUACGUAGAAGAUAAAUAUUAUUAUUAAUAUUAUAUACAACUAUUUUAUUAUUAU